AUGCUGAACCAAAGCGGCGGUCCCCUUCAUGGUCUGAGCGGCCAUCCUCAAUGCCUCAGCUCGAGGCAAGCCCAUGGCCACAGCGCCAUCAACAGCGGCCUCCAACAUCAGGGCAAAGAACGCUGGGCCAGAACCACAAAGCGCGGUGGACGCAUCCAUGGUGCUGGCUGGGAGGUACACGACAUCUCCGAUGCGCUUGAAGAUCCACGUCACCAGGCUGGAAACCUGAGGCGGCAGUGGAGGCUCCGUCGUGGCGACGACAGUCAUGCUCUCGCGGAUCAUGGACGCCGUGUUGGGCAUGGCGCGCACCACGCGGCAGGGGUUCUCGACGUCCUUGGACCCCAGGGCACCCUCCAGAUGACCCUCGAUCUGGGGCACGGUGACGCCGGCGCAGAUGCUGAUGAGGAGCUUGCCGCGCAGAGCCUCCGCAAUGCCAGGCUUGGUCAACACGUCGCCAAUCAUCUGCGGCUUGCAGGCGAGGAUCACGACGCCGGCCUGUUGGACCGAGGCGAGGUUGUCGUUCUGCACGACCUUGACGACGGACGAGUGCUCUGCCAGCGCCACCUUGACCUUCUUGGCGCUCUCGGGACGCCGCACGCACGCGAUGAACCGGCUGGGCAGGCGGUCGGGGACCUCGGGCACCCCGCUUGCCGCCAUGUCCUGAAGCGAGGUGAGGAUGCCGGACAGGAUGGCAAUCCCCAUCGUGCCGCAGCCCAGGACCGUCAGGGUCAGCUCGCCAUCUGA